AUGAAGUGGUUCAUGCUGUCACAGGAAUGGAGACGAAAAGUCAAGCAAAUCUCGCCUCAGACAGCAGAUCAAGAGUCGCUGGAAGAAGGCGUGAUAACGCCUCAACUCAACAACAAUAAUCACUGCGAGCCUUCCGGAGCCACAGAAACGACAGCCAAGCAGGUAUUUCGGAAACCGGAUGACAUUGCAGCGGCGCGUGAAACGGAAAUCCACUUGCCGCGGCGGAAGUGGGCGGCCGGAGGCGUGGAAACCCGUGAACCGGCUGCUUCGCGAUGGCGUCUCUGGCCUACCUGGUUGCCAGGUGCCAUACAGGCGCGCCAUUUGCCAUCUAACCUCUCGUUGACACGCAUUUUGCGACGGCUGGAGUCCACCUCGCUGGUGGAGCCGUCUCUCUCGCCGCAACACUUGUCCCCGAAGCAGCAUCCUCGCCAGGAAACCGUGUCUGUAGAGGCGUCAGAGUUAGACGAGUCGGCAACCAUCGUUUCUGCUGCGAACGCCUCACGGAGACAUUGGCGAUGGCGUUGGCGCCCUCGGAAGAAGCGGCCAAGCUUUUUGGAGCUUUGCGCUCAAUUGGCUGAAUUGGACCAGACCGAGGGCGAUGGUUGUGCAAAUAGUAGAUGGAGAAAAUCGCUGCUUUGGGCAAAGAUAAGUCAGUUUCGACGAGGCAUUCCAGACCUUGCCACCUCGCCCAGUUCGGCAGAACCGCAUUCUCCUCAUUCUCAACCUGUAGUCUUACCCUUUCAACGCGUGAAUAGCAUUUUUCGGAGGACACAAAGGAGUGGUAAUGAGACACAGAAUAAUGUCUCUUCUGCAGAUGAAGAGGCGAGAACUGGAGACGUGUGGAGAAGAAAAUUUACGGAAACAGAGCUGCAUUCAAAGAGUGAAGGAGCAAGCGAGGCCAGUUCAGAUGAAGAAAUGAGGAAAGCAGUUUCUGAGGUUAUUCUGUUUCGUGAAAUGCCAGCCGAGCAACGCAAACCUGAUGGAGAGAUGAGUAGAAAAGAGACAAAGCCCAUAGCAACAGCAAGAUUGCUACAGUCGGAUGGAGUAGCCUAUCUUGACAAGGCCCUGGAGCAAUGUGAUAAAAUGCUAAAACAUUCCGUCGCACUCGACCGAAAUGGGCUUUCUGAAAAGCUUAGAUUAAAUCAGAUUAAGUCAGGCUUUGGGCGUCCGUCUAAAGCGGAAUUGGUCAAUUUCGCGUCUUCCCUUGCCCCAAAAUCUUUAGAAACAUGUAGGACCCAAGAAGUUGCAUCCCUCCAUACAAUUCACACAAAAGUACGCAGUAGGCACUCCGACUUCGACACAAAUAUGACUUUUUCCGAUUGUUUACAAGGUUUUAGAGAAGCGAGUUGUGAGGCUAAAAAGUACGAUCAGUCUCAAGAAUCUGAGACGGUACUUACGUUUGCGAAACCCGACACCACUCCGACGGAAGACCAUGUUGCCGUUGACUCGGGAGGUGAAUUGCCCACUUCGAGGGAGUUGCUGUCGAUGGAUGGGCGAAUACAUGAAUUUAGUUCAAACCACAUGGAUCUGGAAAAAAAUGAUCCAGCUCAGGCUUUUGCCAAAUUCGAAAGAGCCAAGUCAACUCGCAAGCUUCACGGUGAUAUGUUGGAUUACGGACGAUACAGCAUCUGGUCACACGGAAAGAUAAAACAUGUAAAACCGGCAUCAAAGGUGUCUGGAACACAAAUGGAUGACAUUUAUCUCACGAAUGCCAAGUAUGAAGAGAUACUAGACCGACUUACUCAGCCUCACGGUGAUCCGGCAUUUAAGCAGUUGCCGGCCAGCGGGGUAUCGAGGCUCAGGCAACGGCACCACGACAAUAAAGGGGACGGGUCGAGACUGAAUUUACCUGGAGGCAAAGUAAUCUCAACAAGACCCUACAGGACUCGAAAGAGGCUUUUGUCUAUGUUGAACCAGAACGCAAGUAACAGCAAACUAUGGAGACCGUUGGAGUUGGAAGAAACAGGUGUGUCAGUUGUUAAUGCUAUAUCUCAGCCUCCCUAUACGCAUACUCCGAUCAGGCAUAGAAAACCUCAAGUCCCACACCAUAGACGACGCAACGAAAGUGACUUUGUUUGA